CAGUCAUUCAAGCCGCCAUCGCUCCGAUCUCCUCUGCACUCUGAUCCAUCAACACACCCAAUAUGAAGACCCGGAAACCAAGAGACAGGGUUUGCACUUCAGGCAGCAGAAUCACCGCGAGCAUGCUACUGUCGUUCCUCGCUCUUGUACCCUCGAUCGCAGCGACCAAACUCCCCGCCGCUAUCGAUCCCUGGUACCCAGUACCGGCACCGAAAGAACCAGACACUCAUGACUUUACACUCAGACAUAUUUUCCAUCGAGGCACCUAUCGAGAUCCCAACCUGCACAAACGAUACGAUUUCAGCCCGCAGGCGCCCGUCCUGCUCACCCAAGAAGACGACCAUGCCCUGACGUCCUCCCUUCAACCGCCGCCACAUUUUACCCUUCGUUCUGACUCUGUCGAGAUCGAACGACUAGUCGAUAGACAGCCGCUGAACAUCGAGAGAUUUCUCCAGCAUGCACGCCUCACUGGCAGCCCGGCUGUCCUUGACGCUUCGCAGUGGACACUGGACGAGAUCGAGGGUCCCAACAUCGUGCACAAACCCACUGUCCUCAACAUGGCCAUUAUGGCAGCCAACGCCUAUAACCCAGGCCCUGGCGAGGGUGAUUGGGAGGAUGUCAGCCAAGGUUAUAACCAGUCUACACCGUUUGGAUGGGAAGGCGAUGGUUUGAGAGGUCAUAUAUUUGCCAACGAAGGCAAUGAAACAGUUAUUAUUAGUCUAAAGGGGACUUCUCCUGCCGUCUUUGACGGAGACGGAACCACCACCAAGGACAAACUCAACGACAAUCUCUUCUUCUCCUGCUGUUGUGCUCAGGGCGGCUCAUAUUUCUGGCAUCAGGUGUGCGACUGCCAAACCAGCACAUAUACUUGUAACUCGACAUGCGUGGUGCAGGCCCUGCGACAAGAAAACCGGUACUAUCGAGCCGCAAUCGACUUAUAUACCAAUGUCACAGAAUUAUACCCAGACUCAAACGUCUGGCUGGCGGGUCACUCCCUCGGAGGCGCGGUGACCAGCCUCCUCGGUCUCACAUUCGGCCUGCCCACGGUAACAUUCGAAGCGCCCGGCGAUGACCUCGCAGCAAAACGCCUUGGUCUUCCCACUCCUCCAUCGUCAGAUCCCCAUAGACCACGCACAAAAUAUACAGGAGCCUACCACUUUGGAAACACCGCGGAUCCAGUAUUCAUGGGUACCUGCAAUGGAGCCACAGCAACAUGCACUUUGGGCGGGUACGCCAUGGAAUCUCAAUGCCAUACGGGCAAACAAUGCAUUUACGACACUGUGAGUGAUUACGGUUGGCGUGUCGGAAUAGGAAACCAUAAGAUCCACAACGUCAUCGACAACAUUAUCAAGAUCUACCAGACUGUCCCCUCUUGUGAGCCUGAUGAUGAAUGCGUGGAUUGCUUCAAUUGGAAAUUCUUUGAGAGUAAUGGCUCGGACUCGACGACGACGACCAGGACAACUAGCACAAGCUCAACAACGUACACGAGAACGAGCACAUGCAAGACUCCAGGCUGGUGGGGAUGUCUAGACGAGACUACAACGGCGAGCACAACUUCAACGACACCAGUGGUGACCACAACCUACACCACGACAAGCUGCGCUACGCCGGGCUGGUUUGGAUGCAACGAGAAAGUCAACAUCACGGUAACGACAACCACACUCGCGCCAACGACAACUUCGCCUACAACGUCUGUUCCUGCUUCCGUCACUCACGAACCAUCGUCUUCUACCUGUGAGCACCCGGGUUGGUGGGGUUGUCGCGAUCCCUCCUCGACUACAGAUAAGCCAUCUCCGUCCUCGGCGUUGUCGAGUCCAAGUGCUACAAGGACCGCUAAGCCACAUAAGAAGCACACGUGCAAGACACCCGGAUAUUUCUGGGGUUGUUAUGAUACGCCCAAGUCCCACCACCGCCAUGCUACAAGCAGUGCGGUUGAUGCUUCAACAACAAGUGACGGCAUGAUCACGCGAGCACCGACGAUCAGCACAAGCGCUAUAAGUGCUACAGCUACUCAGACCACUACCGAUGACGGUUCGGGGAAGAGAAGGAAAUGCAAAAAGCGGGUGUUCUUUGGGCUGAUCUGUUUGGAGGAUUACGAGGACGAAUAUGUGCCUGAACUUUGAUUGUUGGGUAUAUCACAGCACGAUUUGAUGAUACUUUGCCAUUUAGGUGUGAUUGUAUGGGACUGCAUGCAUGCGCUUUGGUUGCACGUGGGUUGGCGUAUUAUACCGAAGAAUGGUCCUCAGGUUGAAGCCUCUGGACGGAUUUUUGAGUUAUGAGGACUGCUCAUUCGUUUUCCUCGACAUGCAACAUUGAGGAUCAGCAUGGACUGCCCAAGCUCUCCAGGAUAUCUCGGGGCAAGCAAGGAAUGUGCCUGAAGCCCUCGCAAUUACUAUACAGUAACAACUUCUCAGAUGAUCACUGUCUGGAGCCAGGACGGUAGUUAAGCUUAGGUCAAAUCGCUUGUUAGAACGUGCUUGUAUUGUGAACACCACCCACAGAACUGUUCCUCAAGCUACCACAAUCUGUGCCGCCAAUGCGAUACGACUACAG